AUGGCGAGUCUCUGUCUCUCUUCUUCCCGGAUUCUCUCUCUUCACCACCAGAAACCCUUUCUCUCUCUUCAACUCCGGCCUCGUUCCUCUGAUCGUACGAGUGUUGUUUCCUUCUUCAAUCCCCUAAGGUUAUCGGCUGAUCGUCAGAGAACCGCUACGACGUCGGCCAGAGUUGAGAAGCGACGAAAGAGAGGAUCGAGUGUGGUCUGUUAUGCUGCUCCGAUGUCUGUUCAUAAUCUACAAUGGAUCUCGGCGAUUUCUUGCGUUGCAUUGAUGCUUGCAAGAGGUACUGGUAUUCAUAAGUCCUUUGUUGUUCCACUAUUCGCUCUAACCGCACCAUCGGACAUUAUCUCCUGGGCAAAAGGUGAAUAUGGCGUCUGGGCUGCAUUCCUGGCGCUUCUUGUUCGACUGUUCUUCGCAUUUCCAGGUGAACUUGAACUGCCAUUCAUUGCAUUACUCUUGGUGAUUAUAUCGCCAUAUCAAGUUAUGAGCAUAAGGGGAAAGCAAGAAGGGGCUAUCAUUUCUUUGGCAAUCGCUUGUUUUCUGGCUUUCCAGCAUUUCUCACGAGCCGGCAGCUUGCAGAAAGCAUUUGAUCAGGGUUCAGUUGUUGCCACUUUAGGCAUAAUUGGUACCGUGGAGCUUGCUCUCCAUUGUCAGUGUACCUACCUGUUUUCGAAUGCUGCAGGUAUGUAG